AAUUGAGAAAAAUAUGGUUGGUGAUUGCGGUGAAGGUUUUUAUUAUUUAAGGUCAUCCGCUGUAGAUGCGAUUAGCAACAUAUUUCUCAAAGGAUACUUACGAGCUUCGAAAUAUAGCGCAGGUGUAUUUAGUUCAUUAUUAAUAUCCUUAUGUUUAGGAGUAACAAGACUGCAAAAUAACCUAAUUUAUAAAUUAGUAAUACAAAACUAGGCCACUAAAAUGACGUUUUGUUUAAAUUGACCCACAUUUCCAUUAAAAUAUCAAUUUUCGAUAAUUGCCAACCGAAAUUAUUUCCUUUUAAAUUUCCAUCUUAAAGAAUGAUACAUUUUUUGCGAGGUGCUGUAAGUUUAUAAUAUUUUUUUCCGGGAACGAGCGUUCAAUUUAUAAUGUUUUCACAUUAUGCAAUUUCUGGGUGUAGGAUUAUUCGCACCCGUUCGUAGUAUGUCCGAUUGUGGGACUAUUUUCGCAUCAUCAUGGGGGAAGUGGACAUACAUAUUAAAUCACUCAAAAAGCCACUUUAGAUGAUACAACAAUCAGAGGUCAGUUACAUUUGAAUUGCGAAAGCACCUUUUUAAAAGUGCAUUUUGCAUACGCGAUCCUAAUUUGCACAAAUUUUCAAAAUUUGAAUUUAAUUUUUAAUGCUUUUCUUGCCAAAAACGUAAAAAUUUUGCAUACAUAAACGUUUGAAAUUUAGCUGCCCUACUUUUAUAAAAGGAAAAAAAAACAUUUUGUUAGAGAUUUUAUCCCUUUUUUAAGAACUUAUAAAAAUGUAGGUAUAAUGAAAAUGAGGAAGACUGUGUUAGUGAGUACGUAGUCUCCCUUGGAGUAGGCGUCUAAUGCUGCAUAAUUCUGGCUGUAGGUAUAUUUACCGGUUUCGCAACUAGAGAGUCUCAACAGUUUCCGCAAGAAACAAAAAACCGAAGCCCAAAUUCAAUCGUCGAACCUAUAUCAACCUCGCAUAAGGUACAACCUUUUUUAAUUGAGAAUAUUUUGAUGGCAUAAAUAGCAACGUCGAAGGCCACAAAUUGUUUUUAAGAAAAUAGCUGACGCCUCCUUUGGGCAAAAUUUCUCAAAGGCACUCAAUCAGGUACAAUUAUGCCCGGGGGCACGCCGGGUACUCCGUCUGCCCGUCAAAAGGACAACAAGCCCGUCCAAAGGUCUAAGGUGGUGGUGGCAUUAUACAAUUAUAAAGCCAUAGAAAGUGGAGAUUUAUCUUUAGAGAAAAACCAGGAGUAUGAAGUUUUGGAGGAUUCUCAGGAACACUGGUGGAAAGUCAAAGAUUCCAAGGGCAACGUUGGAUUCAUUCCGAGCAAUUACGUGAAGGAAAAAGAGUUGCUAGGUCUUCAGCAAUAUGAAUGGUAUGUAAAUGAUAUGUCUCGACAAAGAUCAGAAUCUCUGUUGAAACAAGAAGACAAGGAGGGAUGUUUCGUUGUAAGAAACUCGUCUACAAAGGGACUGUACACUCUUUCAUUGUACACAAAAGUACCCCAUCCGCAUGUAAAACAUUAUCACAUCAAACAGAAUUCCCGGGGAGAAUUUUUCCUGUCAGAAAAACACUGUUGUGUCUCCAUUCCCGAAUUAAUCAAUUACCAUAAGCACAAUAGUGGAGGACUGGCAUCAAGACUGAAAACAAGUCCUUGUGAUAGACCUGCACCUGCUACCGCGGGUCUUAGUCACGAUAAAUGGGAAAUAGAUCACAGUGAACUGAUGCUUCUGGAAGAACUGGGUUCUGGACAGUUUGGUGUUGUUAGGCGGGGCAAAUGGAGAGGAUCUAUCGACGUUGCAGUGAAAAUGAUGAAAGAAGGUACUAUGUCUGAAGAUGAUUUUAUAGAAGAGGCCAAAGUUAUGACAAAAUUGCAACAUACCAAUCUGGUGCAGUUAUAUGGUGUUUGCAGUAAAAAUAGACCAAUUUUUAUUGUGACAGAGUAUAUGCGACAUGGUUCAUUACUGAACCAUUUAAGAAGGCACGAGCAGUCAUUAAGUAGUAACCAAGGUCUGCUUUUGGACAUGUGCAUACAGAUAUGCAAGGGUAUGGCAUACUUGGAAAGGCUCAAUUACAUUCAUAGAGAUUUGGCGGCGAGAAAUUGUUUAGUUGGCACUGAAAAUGUUGUAAAAGUGGCUGAUUUUGGACUUGCUCGGUACGUUCUUGAUGACCAGUACACAUCAUCCGGUGGGUCUAAAUUCCCCAUCAAAUGGGCCCCUCCCGAAGUUUUGAAUUAUACUCGUUUCUCGUCCAAGUCCGAUGUGUGGGCUUACGGUGUAUUAAUGUGGGAGGUGUUUACAUGUGGCAAAAUGCCUUAUGGCCGUUUGAAAAAUAGCGAAGUGGUAGACAGAGUUCAAAAGGGUCUAAUUUUAGAGAAACCCAAAGGGUGUUACAAAGAGGUCUAUGAUGUUAUGAGAAAAUGUUGGGCGCAUUUGCCAGAAAACCGACCAUCCUUUAGGAUAUUGAAGGACACUCUUCUAAAUGUAUCUCAAGGUAUCUUAGUCGAUUGACUGGCCCAAUUUGUAUGCGACACCGUGGCCAGAGCAACGUCCCCGUCGGGAAUGCCCUGUACCUCUUCUCAAACGGACGAUUAUGAAUUGGCUUGGUUAGGUAUAUGCAGAACACUCUGUAGGGAGGCCCAGCACACGAAGAAAUUGAAAUGAGUGGUGAAGCUGAAUUUGUGAAAAAUAACCAAACCUUAUGUAUUUAUUAAUCAAAUACAUAGUUCAUACUGCCAAAGUAACAAAGCAGUGUGUGAUUAAAUUGAAAGUCUUCUAAGUGAGGCUUUUUUACAUACCUUACACUCUGUACUAGUGUAUUUUCUGACAAAUUAACUAGGUUUUUUUACCAAAUUGUGAUAUUUAUUUUUUAGUAUCUUUAUGUAAUUCUUAUAUACCAAGUGAGACAAGAAAUUGGAAACGCUGUAGCUUUAAGUUGUCCGAGACAGCGAUUGCAGUAAUGGCUCAAUAUAAGUCAAGAAUGAAGUUUUUCAGCAUUGUUUUCCCUUUGGGCUUAAAUGCAUAUAUUUACAUUUUUUAUGGUCCACUGAAUUUAUGCUUUUAAGUCCCUUUCAUUUCUACUCAAUUUGCAUUUUUUGUGACCCACUGAAUUUAUACUUUUAAAUCCUUUCAAUUUAUGCUAUACAUUUUUGAAUUUUUAAUAUUAACACAAUGCAGGGUACUAAUAAUAUUCUCUACAAAAUGCGGGUCUUUCUUAACAACAAAUGGACAUGAGAAACUAGAAAACAAGAUUAAAAUGCCCUUGAUGAUGAUGAGCAAAUUAAACGGAAGUUUAACUAUUAAGUUUUUGGUGGUAGAGUGCAAACCAACUAAGAUGCCCAGAGCAAUCUUUGACGUCAGUGAGAAGAGAAUGGAUAUCAAAAUAAAUAAGAACUAAUAGUUCAGAUUUUCACGAAAUUAUAUAUUUUCACAUGACAAUUGUUUCGACAACACCAUGUCUUUAUCAAAUGUUUUGUGAAAAUGGCAACUUUUAGUUUUUAUUUAUUUUGUUAAAAUGGAUUUUCAUCAAGUAAAAGCCACCUCAGUUCAACAGAAUGGAUAUGUUUUAGUCAGACAGAUGAAAAGUAUUCUACUCUCCUAAAAAGCUCUGUAGAUUUGGGAUAAUAUAUUAUUUUCUUCAUUUUGCUUGAAUAUUCAGCUAUUUAUUCUCCAUUAACAUGUAAUUAAUAUAUAGUUUUAUAAAAAUAGGGACAUUAAAAACUGCUGAGUGUUUCGCUUUUCUUGUAUCACCCUUAUAACAAUGAAUAAAAUAUUUUUUUUAACUUUAUAAUUCAUUGGCCACCAAAUGUUUUAUAAACCACUUUUUAUCUAUAGCACUGCCUUUCAACAAACUUCUUAUUGAAAAUAUUACCAUAAUACUGACAUACUGACAUCAUUUACUUUGUGCGGUAACAAAAUGAGUUUUCAAUACAAAUGUAUAUUAGUGUUAGUAAAGUUUUAGUGAUCCGGAGGAACCUUAGUUGAUUGUAUAGCAUAAAUACAUUAUCUGUUGUGUUCGAUGUAUUGUGUUAUCUUGUUACUACUAGCACUGAUCUAUGAAGAAUAGUUAUACUGAAAUAAAUGAGACAACAAAUUUUAGUCGAUUUUUGAAAUCUUGUUCCACUACCGAUUAAAAAGAGAUAUUAUGCAGGGUAUCCUCAGUCAUAAAGGAAGAUAAAUAACAUAUUUCUGUUUUAUUGCUGUAUUCUAGACCCAUGUUUUAGGUUAAAAACACCUUAGCUCAAAAUGUACAAAGCCCGGAAUGUACAUAAUUUGUAAUGUAAGCAUUUUACUUGUGAUUAGAUAACAUUAAGAAAAUGUUCAAAAUUUAAAAUGAAUAUUUCCUCAUUUUCCCCUUAAUAUUUUUGAUUGGGACUUUUACCCAAUCUCCUAAGCAUUGUGCAAGUCAUACAAUGAGGCAGAACAGCAGUAGGUUUUUGUAGCAUACAUUCUGGCAUAUUAAGUCACUCAACUUAGUAUAUAUAAGUGCAAUGACAUAAUAUAUUGUUAAUAUAUGUUGGUAUGAAGUCUUAAUCUUCCUCUUCGCAUGAUACGAAAACGUGUUGCCUUAAAAUGCGUCUCAAUGUGUGCCUUGCCCAAAUGUUUAUUUCUAUGCAAUAUUUGAUGUUCUAAAAAUCUGAAA